GGCGCACUUCCGGUGGAGGAUUGACUGGCUGCGUCCUCUCUAGGCAGAGAGUCUUCCUCUAAAAGGGUGGCUUACUCUAUGGUUCCUGCAGAAGCUCUCUGGCUGCAUGGAGAUGCAUCCUUCACUGACCAGAACGCAAGGAGUUCCUCUGACAUGGUGCUGUGAAGACUUGAUAGACCUGCAGUAAGCAACAUUAGGUGCUGAUGCUAAGUGUUGAAACUCCCCACCAUGCAUUGGAUAAGCCUCUUGUUCACAAAGGCUUCGUAUAGGAGGCAGCUUGUGCCAAUACAGUUCUGCAUUCAAAGGAAACUUUCCAGUCAUCUACCAAGCCAGGUGGCUGAAGAUGUGGUAAAUCAGUCAUCGCCACAGCUGAGAGCUGCUGGAGGAAGUGGAAACAUAAUUCUCAAAACCCCCAAGGGCACCAGGGAUUUUAAUCCAAAGCAGAUGGCCAUCCGUGAUAUCUUCACUACCAUAAUCAGCUGCUUCAAGCGCCAUGGAGCCGUGGCAAUAGAACACGCCUGUGUUUGAGCGGAAGGAAAUCUUAUUGGAGAACUACGGGAAGAUUCAAAGCUUGUCUAUGAUCUGAAAGAUCAGGGAGGAGAACUGCUCUCUCUUCGGUAUGACUUGACUGUGCCAUUUGCUCGUUAUUUGGCUAUGAACAAAAUCACCCAUUUUAAGCGUUACCAGAUUGGCAAAGUGUACAGACGUGACAGCCCAACUAUAGCCAGGGGGCGUUACAGAGAGUUCUACCAGUGUGACUUUGACAUUGCUGGCCAGUAUGAUCCCAUGAUUCCUGAUGCAGAGUGUCUGAAGGUCAUGCAUGAGAUCCUAAGCAGCCUACAGAUUGGAGAUUUCCUUAUCAGAGUCAAUCACAGACGUAUUUUGAAUGGGAUCUUUUCAGUAUGUGGUGUUUCUAAAACCAAAUUUGAGAGUGUUUGCUCCACCCUUGACAAAUUGGGCAAGAUGACAUGGGAAGAAGUAAAAAAUGAGAUGGUCAAGGAGAAGGGGAUUUCUCCUGAGACUGUUGAUCAUAUUGGUGAAUAUGUUCAGCUCAAUGGGGGGCUGUGUCUGAUUGAGAAGCUGCUCCAUGAUCCUAAACUGGCUGACAGCAGGCUGGCCAUGGAAGGGCUAGAGGACAUGAAAUUGCUAUUUGAAUACCUUACUCUGUUUGGCAUCAUAGAUAAGAUUUCCUUGGACCUGAGUUUGGCUCGUGGUCUAGACUAUUAUUGUGGAGUGAUCUAUGAGGCAGUCUUGCUGCACCAACAAGAUGGUCGCUUAAAAGAAUCUCUUCGUGUGGGCAGUGUGGCUGCAGGUGGGCGCUAUGAUGGACUUGUAGCAUCAUUUGAUCCAAAGGGACAAAAAGUACCCUGUGUAGGAGUCAGCAUUGGUGUCGAAAGGAUCUUCGCUAUCAUAGAACAAAAUACUGAGGAGAAGAUCCGCACAUCAGAAACUCAAGUGUUAGUGGCAGCUGCUCAGAAGAACUUCCUUACUAGAAGAAUGAAGCUAAUCUCUGAACUAUGGGAUGCUGGCAUCAAGGCAGAGAUGUUUUAUAAGAAAAAUCCUAAACUAUUAAACCAAUUGCAAUAUUGUGAAGAAACAGGAAUUCCACUUGUUGCCAUCACAGGACAACAGGAGCUGGAUGAUGGAGUUGUAAGACUUCGGGAUGUUACUACCAGGAAAGAGAUCAUUGUUCCUAAAGACAAGCUCAUAGAGGAGAUCAAGAGAAGACUAGAGAAAUGAUCCCUUCAUUUCAAUUUUUAAAAAAUAAAAAUUGGCAGCUUCAUGCUGUCCUUAUG